AUGGCAACAGCGGCAGAACCGGGUCGAAGGUUGAGGACGGCGUGUGACCGUUGCUACAGGCUCAAGGAGCGAUGUACACGUCUGUCUAUCGCCCACAGCUGUGCAAGGUGCGAUAGACUGGACUUGUCCUGCGCAACUGUCCGUCCGCAACGACCAGCAGGACGAAGACCUCACCGCAGCCCCGGGGACCAUCGUCGAGACUCUGGGCGAAGUUCGAGCCAGGCUGGGACGAACGAGGCGGCCGAUGUGAGUCCUAAUCCUCCACCGCUGGACAUUGGGGCAUGGCUCCGUGGUGUUCCCCAUCUCCGUCGGGAGGAGAGGGAGAAACUGCUGUUCUUCCUGGGCCGACCGGAAAACCUCGACUGUUGCGUGGUGAGUCCCAAUUUUCGAGACGCCGAGCAGCGCUCUUUGGCCGCUCCGCUGGCCACGGCCUUGCCGGUGCUCAAGGACGCGUAUCUGGCGUGCGCCGGAGCCCUGAAGUUGAUCCAACCUCCUCAUCCUCCUGUUCAUGCCGCCGAGCUGGAGGUGGAAGUGGAGGUGUCGGAUGAAGACGUCAAUCUGCGGCAUGCAUUGGCCGCCAUGACAACACUACGCGCUCUGCCCGUCGCCACUCCCCAAGAUGCAGCGCUGUGCCUCACCCUAGGUGUAUCUCUGGCUCUGUUCGUCUACUCGGCCAUCGGCCAGGGUGUGUACGAGAUCUCGCGCCACUGCCUCAGCGUGGCCAAACCGUUUGUCGAAAUGGACACAUUGGAUUCGGACGCCGAGCAAUGGCUCACCUUUCUGGUUCUGUUCGAGAUGACAGAUUGCCUGGUCCACCGGCGUCGGCCGACCAUCAGAUUGCCAGCACAGGGCCGCCUGUCCGGAGGAAGCGCGGUAGACCGGCACCUGGGGCUUUGUGCGCCUCUCCUGUCGUUCUAUCACGACCUUUGCGUCGUCAGCCACUCGCUGGCCAACACCACCGACGCGAGCUACAUGGCCCUGAUAGAGGAGCAGUUGGGUCGGAUCCAGGCUGACGUGCAAGCGUGGCAGCCGUCGCAGCCCGACCGGUUUGUCGAGCGCUUCGACACGGCAGAGGUGGUGCAUUUGCUCGCCCAGGCCCGGUUGUACCGGCUGGCGGCGCUCCUGGUCGGCCACCGACUGCGGUGUGCCUUUGGCGAGCAGGACGGCCAGGCCGACAUCUGGGCGACCGAGAUCAUGACCGAGCUGGAACUCGCCCGGCGGAUCACGGGGCGGUCGACCCGCUGCGUGACCCUGCCGUUCGUCGCCGCCGCGAUUGAGAUGCGUGACCCGGCGGCCAGGGUCAAGGCCCUCCGGGACACGGACGAGUACGUGGACCAGUUCACGCCCGUGGUGCAGAGGGCCACCAAGACCUUCUUGUCCCGGGUCUGGCGCGACCGGGACCGAAAACUCACGGCCUCCUGGUUCGACUCGACCUGCAAGCCGUGUGUCGUCUUGGCCUCGAUAGACAAGGCUCUGUUUGGUUGA